GUCACCAACCUACAUGAACUGUGUGGGUGCUCAGGGGUGCAGUUCCAUGUCCGAGGAUCAGUGAAGGAAGUAUACCAUCAUAGUGCACCGCGAUGGCUCUGGUCGAGGUUAUGCGCCUGUGGAGUGAUGGGGUGGCUGCUGCGGACAAGGGUGACUGGACUAACGCCCUGAAAUCUUUCACCUCCAUCACAGACCCUCGAUCCAAGAUCUGCUUUAAUAUCGGCUGCUGUCACCUGGUGUUGGGGGAUUUACAUGGGGCAGAGAAGGCCUUUACCAGCACUAUAGAGAAAGACAAUCACUUGGCUGUGGGGUAUUUUCAGCGCGGCUCCGUCCUCUUCAAGAAGGGCAUGUAUAGCCAGGCCCACCAGGACUGGGCUCGCUGCUUUACAGAGCUAAGGGGUAACCAACUCAUUGACUACAAGAUCCUGGGCCUGACCUAUAAACUCUACAGCUGUGAGAUCCUGUAUAAUGUCGCCCUUGCAAAUGCAAAAUUGGGGAACUUGGCAAAAGCAGAAGAAAACCUUAUCCUAGCCAGCAGUCAGAAGGUAGAGCCGCGGCACGGCACCAAGAUAGAGAAGGCAAUGCAGCAAAUGCUGAAACAAAAGGACUUUCCUCCAACAGAGAUGCCGAAAGGGAGGUUAUUUCAUCCAAAUGAGAAACAUGUGGAACAACUAGAGAAGAAAGACUACUUGGGGAAAGCAACGGUUGUGGCCUCCGUCAUUGACAAAGACAAUUUCUCAGGUUUUGCACCACUACAACCCCAGGCCAAUAAUCCAACUGCACGACCAAAAACUCCUGAGAUACUGAGGACCCUGCAGGGACAACCGCAUCGUGUGUUAUUUGAAUUUACCUCUGAGACCACAGAAGAGCUGGAGGUCAUGCCGGGAAAUAUUGUGUUUGUCCUCAAGAAGGGGGAUGAUAAUUGGGCAACAGUACUGUUCAAUGGAAAGAAAGGGAUUGUACCGUGCAAUUACCUGGAGCCGGUAGAGUUGCGUUUCCAGCAUAAAAAUCAGCCGGAUGAAUCAAAGGAAGAAGAAGCAUCGUCAAAACCUGCAAAGCCAGAUAUUCCAGCACCUCCCACCUCUGCGGCCCCUAAAAACGUACAAGAAAAAACAGAAAAAUCUAUCACAAGAGAAAAAUCACCAACCGGCCCAAAGGAAUCCUCAGCAUCAUACAUUGUCAAAGUUUACUACAAAUACACAGUAGCAAUACAGGUCUCCCAAAAACUUUCAUACGACGACCUCUUGAUAUUGAUCAGCAGUAAGCUAAAGCUGACACCCUGCAUCAUCAAACUCCAUUUUGUAGAUGGAGAUAAAGAAGUCCUGCUCAGCAAAGACAACAUAGAAAGAGCAUGGGGACAGAUGACGGACAACUGCCUGAAACUUAAGUGCACAGAAGUGGAAAUGGAACAGCCUGUGGAAAAAGCUGAUGGAGAAGGUCUGAGUCAUCUUACAUUGGAUGAUAAAACCGGGACCACUGUGACCGCAUUGUUUGAUUAUGAGGCUUCGCAGCCGGAAGAUCUGCCAUUUAAAAAAGGAGAUGUUAUCAAGGUUCUCAGUAAAGUGUCGCAGGAAUGGUGGGAAGGAGAAUGCCAUGAGAAGGUGGGCAUCUUUCCAUCUGCUUUUGUCCAGCACGUGAAAAGCAACUGAUAGGAGGCAUGCAAGAACAAUCUGCAAACAUCCACAUAUAACAUACCGCUGCUUAGUAACGUCUCAUAUUUAAAAUAAAAAGGUAAAAAAGAAUAUAAAAUAAAAUAAGAAAUCUUUCCAAGAACCAGUGGAGUCCUCCAGAUUUACAAACCGUGUUUUUAUUCAUCAGUCACCAGCUUUCAGACCUGAUAAAACUGUCUAAUCUGUACCAGUAAUACCAGUACAACCAGUACAUUAUAUGCAGCAUCAUAGAGAGAUCCGCUGCAGCAUUCUGUCCAUGUAACAAGUAUGAAAUGAGCAUUCACAAGAGUGACCACAAUGCCUGCUUACAUAAUCUAUUAGUAGACCGACCAUUAGCAGGGUGUUCCUUUCAACAUUUGUUCUUCUUUAUACCAGAGGUGCAAUGUCAGGGAGCAAGAAAAUAAAACUUUCCUCAUUUUCACCUUUAGGCUACAUGCACACGACCGUAUGUGUUUUGCAGUCCGCAAAAAAACAGAUGAUGUUCCGUAUGGCAUCCGUUUUUUUUUGGCGGAUCCAUUGUAA